AUGGGGACAGAAUCCAGUGUCCGUCUUCGGGUAGCCAGAGUCGACAAUCCCGGAGAGGUCAAAGGGACAGAGGAAGCGCCUACGGCUCAUGGAGGAGACCUGCGACAUCAACGGCCAACUUCUGGCUUUCUGGAGCGCGUUUCAGAGGAUCCAAAUAAAAAUCUACAAUCUAAACUAACGGUUAAGACUUCUCCAACUGGCCAGGUUCCUCGGCCAACGUCUCUACAGCUCUACAAAGCGAGAUCCCCAAAUGCCUCGGCACAUCAGGGGGCGACCAGCUCUGUAGCGUCUCCGCACGGUCACCUUCCUUGUAAACCGUCUCAGAAACCAAUGCAGACUUCCAGGCGUUCUUUGGGACAGCCGCACAACGGUUCUCGGUCGGCGGGGCUUAAAAGUCCAGAGCUGACACCCAACGAUUGUGCCGUUGGGCGCCCGCCAGCACGGGUAACAUCCCAUACUGUCUCAGGCUCCUCAAAGAUAUUACAUGACACUACAGAUCCAGUAAUCAAACCAGAAUCAGGACCCCGAGUUCAUUCUCAUGAGGGCACCAACUCAAAGCUCUCGACUAUUCAGCCGCCUCCGUGUCCGUCACAGGUACCCACGGUGGAAUUGUCGAAGCAAGCAGGGAAGCAAUCCCCCAGAGGUUCCAUGCUUCGACCCCCGAGCAACUUCGCCUCCAAACUUAAAACGCCAAGCAGCCCCAAGUCCGACGUCCUCCAGCCGGCCGAGUCGCAGGCCGAUCCGUCGAAGUCUUUUCAAAAAGCGCCGUCCGCCACCGCCGCCUCUCCCAAGCCGUUUCCCAACAGAAAAGAAAACCCACAAGAAGCCACGGAAAGCUCGCCCUCGAAGAAGCAAUCCCGUCUUCCUCAACCAAAAACCCAUUAGAGAAAUAAAUAAAGCAAUAACGCAUAAUAUGAUAUGCAUUAAACGAUGUUUAGUAAGCGUG